AUGGUGAGGUCGUUGGUGGUGGUGAUGAUGCCGUGCCAGGUGCUGAAGCGGAUCGGGCACACGGUUCGGGUGGGUGCUCUGCACGUCCAACCCCGCUUGCUGUCCUCAGCUGCUGGCAGCGGCUCUGAAGACUGGGGUACUGAGGGAGCUUUUACUGAAGAGCAACUGCUGGAGUUUGAAAAGCAGGUCAAAACAAGUGCCAGUGCGUCUGGAUAUGGAAACCUCCGGUCUAGACUCACCGCCAGUACACAGCGGGGUGCAAAUAGGAGUAAAAGCCAGGCGCGACAGCGAGAGGGGAACACCUCAAAAGAGGAUCGUGUGUUUGCACCCCGGGAGUCGCUUCUGCUUGCGGUCGAGGCUCUUAACCGAGCUGGAUUGCUACCUUUCAAUUUAUCCCUGGAGCUUGUCAUGGCAGUCGGAUCUGCGCUCGGAGAGCUCCCCGCGUUCUCAUACUCUUCUGUGGGCAUCCCAGAGGACGAGGACCCGCUGUCCUUCCUGGAGAGCGUGUGUCAUACGGUGGUCGUGCAGGGGGUUUCGGCCAUGGUUGCUUUCCCCCGAAACCGGGAUGAGCUCGUUAAGUUGGAAUUCGUUUCACUUGCGCUUCAAGUUCCAGUAGUCAGCGUUGUGCAGAGGGAGUUCUUGCGCCAAAGUGAGAAUCCUCUUCAUUUCCAAAUGGCAAUGCGAAAAGUGGAGGCUCCACCUUCCCAACUCCUCUACAAUCUGCUGAUGAUGAAUGGCUGGUGGGACAUCAGCAUCCUGCUAUGCCAGGAGUGGAACAUUAGCGACUUCCUCUUGCUCAUCAAGAACAACACCCGCUUCCACCUCGGUACCCUUGUCAACCUGACUUCAUCUCCCUCUUCCAAAUCAGACUUGCAACAAGCUCUCAUGCGGAAACUGGAGGACCUGAGGGAACCCUCAUCAGUAAGAGGGGUGGUGACAUUUGGCUGUGACAUACGUGAGGUCCGGCGUUUGUGGGCACUGGCCACUCGGAUGACUCUCCCAGAGUUCCAUUGGGUCUUGGGGGAUAGCCAGAAUGUGGCCGAACUGAGGACAGAAGGGUUACCUCUGGGCCUUCUGGCCCAUGGGGUCAUGGGAUCACCGUCUCUGGAUCACUAUGUUCAGGACUCACUGGAACUGUUAGCACGCGCAGUAGGAAGUGCUGCCCAGAAGAAUCCUGCCAUGGCACUCAUACCUGGAACUACCAAUUGUAUGGAUGCGCAGCAGAUGAAUGGCAGCUCAGGGGAAUACUUGGCAAGAUUUCUGGCCAACACAUCAUUUGAGGGCCAGGAUGGUUUUAUAUCCAGAGACAGUCACAGUCAAAACAUCAUCUCCGAGGCCCAUCACUACAUCUGGUCUCUCCAGCUGGACCCCCUAGGCCAGCCAACCUGGACUCGCUUGGGACGCUGGCGCAGAGGGAGAGUUGUGAUGGACCAGGGAGCCUGGCCAAUUCAUACACGGUCAGGCGGCGGUGAUUGGCGUCGAUCCCCACGUUUUCACAUGCGUGUGGUGACAUUGGUGGAGCACCCAUUUGUAUUUACACGUGAGGUGGAUGGAGAUGGAUUGUGUCCUGCAGGGCAGCUGUGCCUGGAUCCACUCACAAAUGAAUCCUCAGUUUUGGAAGGACUUUUCCAGAACCUUGGAGGGCCCAACAGAUCUGUUCCCACAGACCUGAAGAAAUGUUGCUAUGGCUACUGCGUUGACCUGUUGGGGAAGCUGGCAGAGGAUAUGGGCUUUAGCUUUGACCUCUAUAUUGUUGGCGAUGGGAAGUAUGGGGGAUUCAAGAAUGGUCGGUGGACAGGAUUGGUAGGUGAUCUGCUAAGUGGGGCUGCUAACCUGGCUGUGACAUCUUUUAGUAUAAAUUCAGCCCGGAGCCAAGUCAUUGACUUCACCUCGCCCUUUUUCUCCACCAGCCUGGGAAUUCUGGUUCGUACUCGUGACACAGCCGCACCCAUUGGCGCCUUCAUGUGGCCCCUUCACUGGUCUAUGUGGCUCGGCAUUUUUGUCUCCCUCCAUGUUACUGCUGUCUUCCUCACAUUGUACGAAUGGCACAGCCCAUUUGGGAUGACGCCCCGCGGACGCAACCGGGACAGAGUGUUUUCUUUCUCCUCAGCACUCAACGUGUGCUAUGCUAUUCUCUUUGGGAGAACAGUAGCCAUCAAGCCCCCAAAGUGCUGGACUGGUCGUCUGCUGAUGAACCUUUGGGCCAUCUUCUGUCUGUUCUGUCUGUCCACCUACACUGCAAAUCUAGCUGCUGUCAUGGUCGGGGAGAAAACCUAUGAGCAACUGUCAGGGAUACAUGACCCAAAGCUGCAUCAUCCCUCACAGGGAUUCCGCUUUGCUACAGUGAGAGAAAGCAGUGCAGAGGACUAUCUCAAGAAGAGUUUCCCUGAGAUGCACGACUAUAUGAGAAGAUACAACGUCCCGGCAACACCAGAUGGAAUACAUCAGCUCAAGGCUGAUCCCCAGAAACUGGAUGCUUUCAUCAUGGACAAAGCCCUGUUGGACUAUGAGGUCUCCAUAGAUGCGGACUGUAAAACUCUAACAGUUGGAAAACCCUUUGCAAUAGAAGGAUAUGGAAUUGGCCUCCCUCAGAAUUCUCCACUAACCUCCAACUUCUCAGCGCUCGUUAGUCAGUACAAGUCAGAUGGCUUCAUGGACAUGCUGCAUGACAAAUGGUACAAGGUUGUGCCCUGUGGGAAGCGAAGUUUUGCUGUGACUGAGACCCUCCAGAUGGGUAUAAAGCAUUUCUCGGGUCUGUUUGUAAUGCUGUGUGUGGGCGUGGCCUUAUCUCUUCUGACCACACUAGCAGAACACAUCCUUCACAAGCUGGUGAUCCCAAGGGUUACGGAGCCGCGCUCCAAGUACUGGCUGCACACUAGUCAGAGAUUACACCGAGCCCUCAACUCAGGCUUUACCGAUGACAAGCUACCAACUGUUGCCAAGCCCGAAAAGAGGUGCAAUGAGGGAAACAACCAAUCAUCUUCUUGGAAUCCUGCAGAAUCCUCCCACUGCAACAGACGAAGGUUCCUUCCGCAAGACAUACAGAACGACCUGGAAUGUCCAUCUUCCCUGGAUCUUCCACCUCCACCACCCCCCUCGCCCCUCCCUCAUCCCCAUUCUCUUCCACAGCUGGAAAAACAACUGCCCCUAGUGACCAACUCUAAUGGUCGAUCUGACCUUUUAGGACGGGGUUUAGGUCAAGCCCUGGGGCAAAGUCAGGGAGGGACUGGACAGGGUAUGAUACAGUGUCGGGGUUUAGGAGGGGACGACUGUGGUUCUGGCUUGGGUGUGGGCCAGAACCCUCUGGUUCAGGAACUUGCAGAACUGGAAGGUCAAAUCCUUGCAAUGAAGCAGCAGUUGCAGACAGCCAUGCGGAGAAAAAGAGAGCUUGAACAGUGUCAAUUAGAAAACCAGCAAGCUAACCAGACUCCACCCAGUCAACCCACAAUACAACCGUCCAGCCAGUUUGUUCAGUAUGCCCAGUCCCACAAACAGACCAACCAACACACGAACAAACUCCCAGACUUCUGAAGUUUGCAUCUUCUGUUUUGACCAGAGAAACCUUGUUUAAUCCAGGACUAGCUUCCACAACCUCUAGUCUCUGGAUAAGGAUCUUUGCCUGAGCUCUGCAAAUGUAACACUUGCGGAUUUUUGUUAGCAAGAUCUUCCAUUUAGGCUCAGGAGUUCCCCUGAAUGCUGGGAUGUAAAGUUCACCAGGGAUUACAUCCAGCUCUACGAGUCCAACUGGGACAUUUUUCAUCGUUGGAAGGCAAGAUUUGAUCAAGAAGCGCUGUAGAUGUGUGAACUAGGGAUCUUGAGCCAAAUUUGAUUUCAGAUUAUCAUUAGCUUGUUGUGUCAUGGAGAACUGAAAAUUCUCCUUGUUCUCUCAACCUCCAUUUCACUCAUUUCAGAUCCAUUCAGGAUUUUAUUCCCCCUUUCCUUCCUUUAAAAGUUACUACUGUACUUCCUUUUUCCCUUUUCAUGCCUUCCAUCUACAGUAAGCCUCGUUUCUCCAAUGGUAAAGAUUUGCUUGGCUUGAUGAUAAGCUUAAUCUUGGGUAUGACGACUUUGUUUUUAAGCUUGAUGGACUAAUUGUUGAGAAUGUAAAUUGGCCUCUGGUUGAACCCAGUCAGAUAAGUCUGUUUGUCAUGGUGUCUUGCUGAAACCUUGUGUCUCUCAGACAUACGGCUGCUGGUAAUUGCUUGGUAUUACCACUGAUUACCUAAUGUUUCUGGCGUUUGGCACUGCAUUUACUUUGGCUAUAGCCAUUUUCUCUCCUGUCUUUAGAGUAUUGAUGGGCCUGUUGUUAAAAGGUGUUAAAGAAAAAAAAAAAACACAAAAAAAACUGUAAAGCUUUCACAAGACACCUUUGUGAUAAAGAACAGGUUGACAUCUUGCACACAAUGCUUACAUAGGAAUCACUGUAUGAUGUUGUUCUGUACUCCACUGAUGCACUCCCAG